AUGUAUCAUGAGGCACCCAUAGAGGCGUCUAUGGGCACGGUCCAUCGCAGACAGCGUCGUGCUUGCAGCACUCAAGCUGAGUUCUUUACUUCUGCAGCCGCCAAUUCUCAGCAACUCCAAGAGAUCAUUGAGUUCUUACUUAGUCCUGCUCAAAUUCAGGGACCCGGGGCGCCGAUGAUGCGCGUCGCUCUGCAGUUUCCCGAUGAGUUGUUGGAAGACGCGGCCGCGGUGGUCCAGGAGUUGGAGACGCGUUUGCGUAAUGACCCACGCUACCCAACGCUUAAAAAGCGCUUUAUGGAGUCUCAAGCAUUGCCGAAUGGGGUAGUCGAGGGGAAGGUAAGCGCCGUUUCUUCUGGUCCCAAUUCCUUAGCACUCGCCUCUACUGUAACGACCCCAACACCUCUUGCCCCUGCCAUUCCAGCGUCUCGUCCGGCGCCUUUCAAGAACAACACUUGUGGACAAACACUAAAUCCGAACGCCCCCACGGGCGUUCGUUUUUUUGUUCUUGCGGAUUCUACAUUCGGGAGCUGCUGUCCUGAUGAGAUCACCGCUCAACACUACCAGAGUGAUCUCAUUGUACAUUUUGGGGACGCGUGUAUGAGCCGGUCGACCCGACUGCCAGUUAUCUACAUCCACCCACCGUUUAGGUUCCAUUGUAUUCACCGACCAGAUCCCCCCAUCCCUGGGGCAGCCCCAAAGCGGGGCGGCGAGGCUCCAUCGAAUCCGCCGCGUAUCCCCAUCUCUCAAGCAGAGCAAACAGCGGUAUUCCUCGUCGUGAAUGUGCUCGAUCGAGUGUGCCGCGCGCUGCAAGAAAACAUCCAUCAAUGGAAUAAAUCACACACGCGGCAAGGCGGAUCUUUUUCCUCAGCGGAGGCACCUCGAAUGAGGGCCCAGCUCGUAGUAGUCGGACCGCACUCAGUCCGUUGCCUUUUAGAAGCUGCGGAAAGGCAAUGGGGUAGUUCGGAGCACGAUGAAGAAGGUGCUUCUGUGAUUUGGUGCCGCUAUGUGAACUGUGACACUCGUCAGAUCGUAGAAUCUCCUCGCGCUGAUGUCGAGGUCGUGAUUAAUGGAGCCGCUGGACAUUCCGCGCCACGGCAACUUGAAUCCUGCGAGCAGCUGAGCAACGAUUCGUCUGAGUGGAUCCUCAAUGGUGUUCGCUUCCCAAGACUCCCUUUUCAUCUGGAAUCUAAUUCUGCCAAUGGCUGUGCUGCUUCUCGAGCGAUUCAGUACUUUUUUUACGUAGGCCCUGGUGACGGUCCUCAUUUAGUACAUCUUAUAGGAGUUCAUCAGUACAAUAGGUUUCACUACUCCGAGGCAGAGCGCGAAUUUUUCCUCACCAGAGAGGGUCCCACAGGCGGCGAUGAGGUGCCAUGCCUGCCGCCAGUGCUUUCAGUCUUGGAUGAAAAUUUCGGUGUGGCGACGGCGCCACCGAUGAACCCUGCAGCCCACACGACGGAGGGUGUAAAUGGGCGUAUGGUUGCACUUGGCCCUGAAGCAACCCCGGAAGAUGUCAAUCACUUUGUCGAGGAGACGAUUCGCGCGACCUCGGAUAACAGCUCGUUGAAAGCCCUUCUCUGGACGCCCAGCUGCACCGAGGUCGAAAGGCAAUUCCAACGUCGCCAGCGUCAGCGGGAUUUUAACAUUGAGGUCCUGCGCCACAGCUCCGCGGUAGGUAUUUUAGUUGCUUCCCUCGCCAUCGAGGGCUACUACGAGCUCACAAUGCUUCUCCACCAGCUGCUUCGGCUUUGCGGUAAAAGAGCCUACAUCAUCUAUGUUGGCCACCUGAACGAGUUCAAGCUCGCCAAUUUCGAAUCCACCGUGGACAGCUUCGUGGUGGUGGCGUGCCCGAACAGCCGAAGCUGCCACUUUCCCGUGCAGGACGACAACUACAUCAAGCCGGUGCUCUCUCCUGCCGAGGUGCUCAUCACGCUCGGAGCGCGCGACCCGCUUUUCGCGCAGUAUGGCCUACCGGCAGCCUAUAGCACAGCCUUCGAUUGCGUGUUACCCCCACUUCGCGCCGCGGUCGAGGAGCAGAAGCGGCUUGAGUUGGAGAAGUCCGAAGAUUCGGCGAGCGAACGACGACUGGACUGGAUGGAGAGCUCUGCGUUGAUGUGUGUGGGCCGAAGUGGGGCGCUGACCGCGGGUGCAUCUUCGAAUGCCGCCCACGGCGCCCUUGCGCGGCUUCAUGAGCGUGCUUUCGUCGGAUUAGACCCGUGCGUCGGAAAGACGUCCGUACAAACCUCACUGGAAGAGGGGAAAUAUGGGAUUGCGCGCGGCUACCAGACAGAACGGGCUCAGCAGACUCCUAAUAGCUAG